AUGCAGGAAUACGUCUCUGGGACUGGCUCCAGGUGCCCGACUUUUAGCCUCAUAGUCAUCUUAAAUAUCCACGCUGGCUGGCUAAUGGAAGCCGGCCCUAUGAGCACCAUCAAUGUCGAAAGUUCGCUACUCCAAAGAUGGACAUAUGGCAUACUGCAGAAUCCUGCUGUGAAAAGUGACCAGCGUGCAACCCUUAUGGUGGCCAUCCGCAGUACGGCGGACAGCCGCCUCGGGCCCCAGAGCAGCAAAACCAGCAAUACCAGCCGCCGCCCACUGCUGCUGACGGGGGGCCCAUCUCGGGCGGCGGUGCGCUAUCCCCCCGGGGCCUACACCCCCCACCAGCAUUGGGGCUCAUGCGGGGCCGGCAGCGGCACCAGCAGAUGCCCCCUGGACCCCACCCGGGGGGCCCAUUGCCACUCCCCGGAUUGGGAGGAGGCGGGGGAAGCGGAACUACUGGCGGGAGUGGUGGUGGUGGCGGCGGCGGCGGGUUGUACCCAGGCAGCGGCCCAGGUGGAGGCCCUCAAGAGGCAGCUGCAGGAGAGCGCGAAGGUGGCCCAAGGGGCGCAGUCGCUCCCUGUCAACAUCCCUCCCCCGCUCCAGGAGCAGUUACAACACGUGCAAGCUGAGGCUCAAGAGCUUCAACGGAAGCACCGCGAGGCUUCCAUUCGAUUACAGGAGGAGCGGUCCAGGGGGGAGACGGCGGAGCGGGAGAGGAAGGAGGCUCAUGACAAGUGCCUCUUGUUGGAGGCGGAGCUGCAUAAGGCCCGGCAGCAGCAGCAGCAGGAGCGGGGGGCCGCAGGCGGCGCUGCAGUAGCACCGGUACUUGCAGCGACUGGCGGCAGCCCAAGCACCACUACCUCCGCUGCUGCCGCCACUCCGUCCCCGGCUCUGUUGCUGACGGCCCUUGACGGCCUCCGAGCUGCCCGCCUACCGCUGUGGCAGCGCCUCUGGUGCACCUGCCCGGACUCCCUCGCCGUACUGCUACACCCCACCGCACCAGCUACAGCGGCGGCAGCAGCAGCCGGGGAGGAGGAGGAGGAGGAGGAGGAUGGCGGCUCCCGGGGAACUGCCGCCGCCGCCGCCCCCUGCCUGGCCGCCGGCCUGAUGCCCCUCCCUGGCCUGCACCACACGUACCAGCACCGCCACGUCGUGCUUGGUGGCGGCAGCAGCAGUCAGCUCGGUCCGCCAGGCCAGAUGUGUCCCGCCCUGCUGGGAGGUUCGUUGACGGGCGGUGGGGCCGGGGGUGGUGAUGGUGGCGACAGCGAUGGCGGCGGCAGCGGCAGCGAUCACCGUACAGCUGUACGGGGCCGCUGUGUGGCGCUUGUGGAGGGGGUUCGGGUGCAGCUGCGGGCGCUGGCGGGAGGCCGGGGGGACGGUACGGCAGUGCUGCUGGGGGUGGUGGCGGUACUGCAGGCAGCGACAGGGACUUGCAGCGAGGCGGACGCGGUUGCCGGUGGGGACGGCGGCGGGGACCGCUACCGGGGGUCAGUCCCCGGGUCAGCUGCCUCCGGCGGUGGCCCCCUCCAGCCGCCUGGUGAGGAGGCGGCUGCUGCGGGAGGCGACGACACGCAGCCGCCUCAUGGUGGCGGUGGCGGUGGCGGUGAGGGUGGUCAUGAUGAUGAGGGGCCGCAGGGGGGCGACCUGGGGCAGUCACCCCAGCGGCGGCUAGAGGUGGGGGUGGGGGUGGAGGCGGCGAAGGUGGUUGCUCGUCAGCGGGCUGCCUUGUGGCCGCUGGUGGGUCCGUGUGUGGAGCUGCUGGGGGGGCUGCUGGCCCACUCUGAAGAGUGCAGGGCAGCUGUCGGCGCCGCAACGGUGGAGAGCGGCGGCUGCGGCAGCGCGGAGGCGUCUGCACCGCGACCACCUCCCGCGUUGCCGGGAGAGGCAACGACCACCACAGCUACUGCCGCAGCUACUGCCGUGAUGACGUCAUCCGGGGCAAGUAGCCAUUGCGUUGGGGGUCCGCUGCGUUGGGGAUCUCUGCCGUACUUGCUCCUCCCGCUGACGGGCAGUCAUGGCUGCGUCGCCGCGGCUGCAGCGGCACGCGCUGAGCGGCGGCGGCAUGUCCGCAGGUUCGUGUACGGCAGCAGCAGCAGCAGCUCCCAGAACGGUUGCUUGGGGGCCUCGUUUGAUCCUGGAGGUUCAACUGCGGCAUAUGCCACUCUUAAUGCAAACGCACAAGCAGCCGGAGGUGGCCAAGAGCGACCCAUGGGUCAGCAGCAUGAGCCCAAGGCGGCGUUGACCACCUUAGCCGCUGACGGCGCCGAUCCCUUGAUACGUGGAGAGGGGGAGGAGCACGGGCCGGGGGCCGCUGGCCGCUGCGAUGCGGUUGGCGGCGCCGCCGCUGCCAUCAGCGCUCCUCUACGGGACCUUGUACGGCUGCUGAUGGCGGUGGCGGCGUGUUGCAACGCUGAAGACGACGGUGGCGCCGAGAUUGCCCCUGCCGGCCCCUGCUCCGGGGCGGGAGGUGUUGUCCCCCAUGUGGAUGUGUUGCGCUGUGUGGCCGGAGCCCUGAGCUCCCUCGGGGCGGUGCUUCCGGCAGCGUCUACCCGCCGGGCACUGCUACCCGCCCUGCUGGACCCCCUCCACCUGCUGGUGCCCCUGAUGUGCCGUACCGCCACACACACCCGCCUGGCCGCCACUGCCCUUCUGAGGCUCAUGAUGGAGAACCCGGACUGCGCCGCUGCGGCAGCAACCGCCCUGGGGGUAACUGGAUACACUGCAACGGCCGCAACCACCGCCACAACCGACAACCGUGCAAGCGGACCCGAUGCACACCACAACCGAAGCAGUGCGCCGCCUUCACACGACAAGGUUCUGGAGCCUGCUGCUGCCGUACAGUUGUUUACUGCGCUGCUUGAUGCAUUGGAUCCUGAAUCCGGCUGUGGGGAGGAGGGCCCGGGUGGAUGGGGCCGGAGCGAGGCCGCCGCUGGCGAGCAGGGCUGGGCUGGCGGCAGCGGCAGCGGCUGGGGGGGGCCGCCGGGUGCGUCCUCCCCGUACGACCUCCCCCGUCAGGUGCUGGCCCUGCUGGCGCUGCUGCUGGACACCGGACAUGAGGGGCUGGGUUACGGCUUGCCCUUGCGGCUGCUGGCGCUGGCGGAUACGGCGUGCAAACCACCGGGCUCCGAGGACCCCCUGGAGCCGGUCUACCCCGCCCCUGCCGACCCCUCCCUGGAGAUCGUGGCCGGGUCCUGUGUUCCGCCCGCGGACUGGCUGCAGGUGCUGAGCGUGGUGCUGCGCUGUGUUGUGUGGGUGUCCGGUGGGGAGGUGGAGGUGGAUGUGGAGCGACUCCGGGCGGCCCAGGAGGCGCUGGUGCUGCUCAAGGAGCUGCUGACGGGCGGCAGUGAGGACACUCGCCGCGCCGCGCUGGAUGGCUUGGCGCCCUCCUCCCCUGACUCGGACUCCCCCCAGCUGGUGGAGCUGGCUACCAGCCGCCUGGGAGCCUGGGCCCGCACACCCCCGGAGCUGCUGCAGGCCGCUCUAGGACCGGAGGCGGGUUUCGGAGCGCCUGUCUUGGCGCCCUGGGCGGCGAGGCUUGUGCUGAGCGGCGGCAGCGGUGGUGCUGGCAGAACGGGGGGGGUUGCGGGGCGGGGUGCUGGUUGCAAUGGCGUUGGUGGAGCUGGCUUGGUGGUGUGCAGUGUGGAAGCUGUUGGGGCGUUGGCGGGAAGUGUGCGUCGUCGUUGGGAACACUGGCAACUGAAGCAGCACCAAGUGUGGCAGCAGUUCAACCAGCAGCAGCUCCGUCAGCGUUAAUCUGUGUUUUGGCUUUCACACUGCUAUUGCUUACAAUUCAUGUAGAAUUGGAGUUGUUUGUUCCUUUUAUCUAGUCUGGACACUUUGGGGCCAAAGACAGGUGUUAUGGACCGUGUUACACAGCAGGUUUACUUAUUCUGGGUGUUCAUAACAUGUAUAUCGUAUGUGGGCUGUAUGGGUAUGUGGGGUAGAGGCAACUACCGUUUAUGUAGAUCCAAGUUUAGAAAAUCCAGAAUUUCCAGAGUUCCCCUAUGGUUUACUGGGCAAGGAUAGUUUACAACUCUUCACACGGACAAGUACAUGAAGAGGAUCAAUCACAGAUGAAGAGGUGGUAUUGCAUUAGAUUUUGUUACAUUAUCUUUUCAUC